AGUCGUGGCACCGCUAAUUUUGCCGGUGCGGUAGUACCCUACCACGAAUGGUAUGCUCGAAUCGGCCCGCGCAGCCGUGUAGGGCAGGCGGGCGAGGGCGGCGGGCUCGGGCCAGUCGCGGGCGGGCAGGCACCCGCGCGGACCGACGCGCCGCACUCGCGAUCGAUACGCGCCUAACCUUACACCACCAAAACCAUCACCAAACAUAAACGUCAACCUGUGAAAACGUGAACAUACAACACUACUUACGUGCGCGAGACCAUAAUGAAGACAUGUCAGUGUGUUUAAAGUGUAGAUAGUGCGUGGAUGGCGAUGACGUCACUGAAGCAUGGAGUGAACCUGAGCCGGCGGGCGUGCAGGGCGGGGGGGAGGGCGCUCGCCCUGGUCGCCGUCGUUGCGGUCCUGGCUACGGCCGACUGCAAUCCUAUUGAAAGUACCACGAAACAGAGUCCGUCCAUAACUGUCGAUGGGACUUCCACGUACCCCGGCCUCGGCUUCGGCCCCAUGGGGCCUGUGGCCCCGCUGCCCGACAACUCGGGCACGCAACUCCGGCAGCAGUUCGAGUCCACUACUGACCUGCCGGCUACAGCCAGCGUUAAGAAGGAGAGGACCUUCGUGAUAGCGGCCUUCGAGUUCCACCGAGUCGAAACGCCUUUUCUCAUCGGCUUGUGGAUAUUCUUCGCCAGCUUGGCUAAAAUAGGUUUCCACAUGGCGCCAAAACUAUCGAGGAUGUUCCCUGAAUCCUGCCUUCUAAUCUUCGUUGGUGUCCUCAUCGGUGCCUUGCUGCUCAGCACGCACAGUGUUCACGUUCAACCACUUACUCCUGACACCUUCUUUCUCUACAUGUUGCCGCCUAUUAUACUUGAUGCUGGUUACUUCAUGCCGAAUAGACUGUUCUUUGAUCAUCUUGGAACUAUACUGCUGUUUGCUGUGGUAGGAACGGUGUUCAAUACGCUAACUAUAGGUGCAUCGCUAUGGGCGUGCGGGCAGACAGGCAUGUUCGGCUGCACGACACCUCUCCUAGACAUGUUCCUGUUCAGUGCUCUAAUAUCGGCCGUUGACCCCGUCGCUGUGCUGGCGGUCUUUGAGGAGAUCCACGUGGAUGAGGUCCUGUAUAUCGUGGUGUUCGGGGAGUCGCUGUUGAACGACGCGGUCACCGUUGUUCUGUACCACAUGUUUGAGGCUUACACCGAAAUGGGCACAUCUCGGCUAGUCUACACCGACUUUCUAGCAGGCUUCGCUUCAUUCCUCGUGGUAGCGGUAGGUGGGACCUGCAUCGGGGUGGUGUGGGGCUUCGCUACCGGCCUCGUGACCCGGUUCACCCACGAAGUCAGGGUCAUCGAGCCCAUCUUCAUCUUCGUUAUGGCGUACUUGGCGUAUCUUAACGCGGAGAUGUUCCAUAUGAGUGGGAUAUUGGCGAUAACGUUCUGUGGUAUAACAAUGAAGAAUUACGUGGAAGGCAACAUAUCGCACAAGUCGCACACAACUAUAAAGUACACCAUGAAGAUGCUCUCUUCAUCGUCGGAGACCAUCAUCUUCAUGUUCCUAGGGGUGGCAACGGUGAACAAUAACCAUGAUUGGAACACAUGGUUUGUGCUGUUGACCAUCUUGUUUUGCUCAGUGUUUCGGAUAAUAGGAGUGUACAUAUUUAGUGCUGUAGCUAAUAAGUUUCGAUUGCACAAACUGGAUAGAGUGGAGAAGUUUGUAAUGUCUUAUGGCGGUCUCCGCGGUGCAGUGGCCUUUGCGUUAGUACUUUUGAUAGAUCCAGCAGUUGUGAAACUACAGCCCAUGUUCGUAACCACUACGAUAGCUGUAAUUUACUUUACGGUGUUUAUACAAGGUAUCACUAUCAAACCGCUGGUGAAAAUGCUUAAUGUAAAAAGGGCUGAAAAGCGGAAACCUACUAUGAAUGAAAGGAUACACGAAAGGUUCAUGGACCACCUGAUGGCGGGUAUUGAAGAUAUUUUAGGCAAACACGGUAACCAUCACAUUAGGGAUAAAUUCAAGAGAUUUGACAACAAGUUUAUACGCCCGUUUCUGCUAAGAAAUUACCAGGGCCAAGAACCAAAGAUAUUAGAGACUUAUUCAAAACUCGCAAUGAAAGACGCGAUAGAAUACAUGCAAAGAAAUGCAUCUACCAUCGGGAACAUUUCUGGUGCGGAAUCCAUGUCCGCCAUAUUCAAGAACUACACGAACACCAACUUCAACGCAAGUCAGUUGGAUUCGUCGACGUGGAACAUAGAUAUGCAGGAGCUGGAAUAUAAUCCAAGCAAAAAGGACUUGACAGACGCGCGGAUUCACCAUUUGCUUGCUGAAGAGUUGUGCAAGCCGUAUAGACGUGUAUGUCACCGUCGCCUUAGCUACAGCCGGCACGCAGUGAACGACCGUGACCUCGGUACGCAGGUUAACUAUAAAACUCACAUGAACAUUCGACGGCUCGUUGGCGACAGGAAACACCACCAUAAACGUAGCAAACGGGGGAACAAGGAUGGCAAAAACCAUGUCACUUUCCCUGAAUUCCAGCAAAACGGUUCCGCUAAACAAUUCACGCACGGUAAAAAAAAGUAUUAUAGAUUAGAUUACAUAGACGAGGUGCUGCAGGAGGACGACGACCGGGAGCCACGACGCGACGGCGACGACGGCGGUAUUACAUUCACUGCCAAGUCCCUGCCUGGAUAUAAAGAAGUGAGCCCGACGUCCUCGCAUAAAGAGAACAGUAGCUCACUUAUUAACCAGCUGGCUAACCUACCCGGGUUCAACCCGCUGAAAGCGAGGAUAGUCAAGCAGUACGCUAAAACGCCUGAGGAGAUAUUGCCUACAGCAGUUGAGAAAUCCUUACCGUGGAGAAGGGAUCGAUCCACGUACAACUUCGUACCAAACGAGGAUAUUCUAGAAGAAGAUGAAAGAAGAAUGUCUGAUGAUAAUGAUACGUAUAUGCUAGUAGCGGAUCAAGCACGCGUGGCAACCCCCACGGCAACGGAAACCAUGUUGCCGUGGAAACGAGAGGAAGGGGAGGGUUAUUCUGGUGCUUUAAAACAGUCUGAAUUUCCUUCCUGGGCAUCAAACAAAGAAUACUUAGCAUAUAGCUCGCCGUCGGCAACAUUCUUAGGAGGUAUAGAGAAGCCAAAACAUCCAAAAUCUAUCAUAGGUUUAUUCCGAAGAGAGAGCUCAAGCUCAACCCAGGCUGGAGACGCGGUAGCGUCGGACUCUGAAGGAAAUAAGCCCGAGUAUUCAAAGGGAGAGAGCUUCUCCUGUAAAGAUCCGUUCAACCAGCCAAGACAAGGUCCUAGUAUGCUGUCGAAAAGGAGCACUAGCCUCGGAGGGCCUUCAGUGCUUAUGAUGGAGGAUGUGGCCCACUCUGAUCCACUGGGUGCAUCUACUCGACCUGCGAGCAUCAUGCAAGGGCCUCACCGUGGCCAAUGCCGGAGGGGAUCCAUGUUGGAAUUAACUGGGUCAAUGUCCCGCGACGCAAUCACAGAAGAAAAGUGUAGCAAAUCAUUACCCGAGAGUGAACGUAUGGGCGUGCGGCGGCUUCCUCUAGGCCAACAAAGCCUGCCGCGGGAGCCCUUCAUCCGGCAACUAACAAUGGCCUCAACCCUUCUAACUAGUUCAUCAGACUCCGACUCCUCGGAUGAAGGCACCUGAGUGCGCCGCCGUGGUGACCACGAUCGGUUGCCACUCCUUAAAUACAAGACACUUGAAUGAGUGAAUGAAACUCAUCACAUUUUACCUUAUCUGUGCUGUGAAUAUGUGGUGUAAAAAGUAAGAUUUAUAGGAUGCGCGCUAAAACCAAUGUAUAUUUUUUAUGAAAGCGUUAUUGUAUAGGUACUUUAUGUAGAUAAAUGCUGUGUAUUUAAAUUAUAUUCUCUAUACUUUACAAUAGCUUACAAUAAACAAAUCUUCAAUGUCCUACUGGAAACAUGACAAAAUACCUAUGUAAAUAAAUACCUCAUCAUACCUAUCAUGACCGAGUAUAUCUAAUACAUAGGUGAACUGUACCUAUUGCCUCAAAACUACAGGAUGUUUGUCAGAAGACUCUACUUCCAUAAUCCUAUUUUUUACUAGAACGUACGAAAAAUUUAAUUGAU